AUUAACAACGGUAUUGGAUGAGGUGAUAUACCUUCAAUUGUGCAUAUAUACGCAUAAGAAUAUAGAGUCCAAGUGGUGGUAGUGGUGAAUUAUACAAUAUAAUAAAAUAACUCCAAUCAGCCCCCUUUGGUGAACUGCACGUUGUUCUUUUUUUUGAUCAACUAAGCCCUACAUAACAACUUUCCCCAAGUUUCGGCGAAAGUGAACUAAAGUUACUAAAAUAUGUAUAUUAUGUAAAGUGGCUUAGGAAAAUUUUAAGUGUACAAAAGUGUUUGCAUUAAACAACUGCAUAUUUUCUGAUUUUUUUUUUAUUUAUGAUGAAAUUAAAGUAAAUUUGUAUUAUUUCAAUUUGAAUGGUGAAUAGUUAUGAGAAAGCAAUAGAAUAACGGAACAAUACAUAAAUAUACAAAAACAAAUACACGUACAAGUAAAAUAAAUUCGAGAAAUAAACAUUUUUAUUAAAUAACAAAAGGCAGUGCAAUUGCUGCGCAGGCACUGAGGACAGCGCCAGUGUUAGAGUUAAGGACAAGUGCGGUCACUGAGACGAGACAAGGGCAAAUAAAUUUACAUACGUAUUGUAUAUAUAAUACAUAUAAAUAAUUGAAAGAAUUACAUUGCGCGACGGUUACGAGUGCAAUUUUCUGAACGCGAUUCUCAAAGCUUUGCUGCAUUUGAAUUGGAAAUUUUUUCCAACAAACACGUGCUAUUACGUUGCACUGCAUCCCUGCAGCUCUGGACGAUAUUAAGGUGUCAGUGAAAAUUUUCCACCGUCCACCGAUUUUUUUCCGUGCAAUUUUAUCCGCGCAUUCGUAAAAUGUUGACCGUGUCCAAAGGCCCCAGCAAGAUUGUGGCCAAAACUCGCAGAGGUGUUCCACAAAAUUAUGAGAAAUUGUUCGAAAUCAAGGAGAGCGGCCGUAGAACCUCUGAUCUAAAUAGUCCGGAAAAGAAGAAUGCACCACGUCCUGUCUUCAAAAAAUCGGCGUCCAAUGGACGACAAGCAGAAGAGGUCCUAUUAACCCCGCAGCACGAGGAGAUCGUACAAUACAUCAAUGACUCUUGGAAUGUCAUAGUGGCGCAUAAUCCCUACGAUACGGCGUUCGAUACCAACGGGCAUGCUCAACCUGCGGAUUCGAACAACAACUCCGCCGGUUCCUCUAUAGCAUCCACUUCAACGUCAUCGGCUGCCUCAUCGGUGUGCACCUCACCACAACCGACUGCAUCGAUUUACUGCAUCGAACCGCCCAGCCCAGUGUUGAGCGAUUUCAAGCCCUUUGAUUUGGUGACCUGGUGGUACGAUCGUCUAUGCGAUGUGAAGAGCACGUGAAGGGUGACAAGCAAACAAAAGUGUGUGUGUGUGUGAAUGUGUGUAUCUGGACGAACAUGUCAAACGAAAAAAGCAACAACAACAAUAAUCUGCUACCAAAAGGUGGUACAACUUAAAAUUGUAAAAAUCAACUCAAAAGAAUCAUUAACGAAACUAUAGAAAAUACAAAAACAAAUUGGGAAUUUGCUGACACGUGAGCCAGCUGGUUGCCGCCGCAAUGCAGUGCAAUUAACAUACGCGACAUCCGUAGAAAAAUAAUUAGUUUUUUAAUUAAGUUUUUAUGUUUACUUUACAAAAAAUAUGCCACUUAAAUUCGUAAAUUAGUUGUUACAGUACUAAAGUUGAAGAAAAAAAAAAAAUUUUUUGCUAAUUAAAAAAAUUGUUUUGCUAAUUAAAAUAUAAUUCAUUUUUUCUAACUUUUGUAAUUUAUUUAAAGCUCUAGCAAAAACACUUGUAACUAAGCAAUAGAGAACAUUUUGCGUACCUAAACAUAUACAUACAAACAUAUACAUAGAUAAAUAUAUGCAUAAAGUAACUUAAAAUAUACAAAAGCAAUGCAAAAAACACAAAAAUGUAACUUAAAACCUUUUAUCAAUAAGCGCUGUAAAUAUUUUAUCACACACGCUUUAUGUACAGUGGCGGCCAAAAUAAUAGCUGAGCGGCAUAUUGACAAGCUUUGACU